CGCGCGGCGUGAACAGGCGACCGGAAGUCGGGUUUGUUUACCCGCUGCAGGAGGCAGAAAAAUGGACAAGAAUGAAGACGCGGUUCAGAUUAACAGCAGUAAAACACUGCUCGUCCGCCACUUACCGGCUGAGCUCAGCCAGGAGGAGAAGGAGGACCUCUUAAAGUAUUUUGGAGCCGAGUCAGUCAGGGUCUUGUCGAACAGAGGUCGUCUGAAACAUGCAGCCUUUGCAACAUUUAGAAGUGAGAAGUCAGCAGCAAACGCUCUCAGCAGGCUCCACCAGUUAGAGCUCCUCGAUCGGACGCUUGUUGUAGAGUUUGCUAGAGGCCAAGAUCAUGUCACCGUGUUAAAGGACCCGCCAGUGUCAAACAGCAGUGUCAAAGAAGAGCAGAAGAAACAGGAGAUCAAACCGCCAAAUAUUCCUCUCAUAGAGACUGGUGUCGCUCCUAGCCUGGGGUUGAAAUUCCAAUCAAAUCCCACGUUGAAAUAUUUAUACCCUCCACCCUCUCAUGGCAUUUUGACGAAUAUAAUGCACGCGCUCAUCGGCGUGCCAAAGUUUUAUGUUCAGGUCCUUCACCUGAUGAACAAGAUGAAUUUGCCGAGUCCUUUCGGCCCCAUCACCGCGAGACCGCCCAUGUACGAUCCCCUCCCCCCUGCUCCACCCGUCCCCAUGCCCCCUCCUUUCCCCCCUGAAUACCCACCUUUACCGGAGGAGGAGAUGGAGCUGUCCAGUGGGGAGGAGUCCGAAUAUGAGAGCGGAGAUGAUGAAGACAAAGAGAGGAUUGUUCGUCUGAUGGGCCUGGUCAACCAAGCGUGCAAGAGGCCCUUGAGACCGAAAAGAGUUUCAAAGAGAAAGAAGCCCAAGAUCAAGGAUCUACUCUAUGCUCCCAAACCAGACUCUCAGAGUGCUACAGUACUGCAGCCCUCUGACGUGUUCGAGCAGCCCCACCCAGCAGGGCCGAGGAAAAUUGAAUUCCACAUUUCGGGUCCAGAGGUGGUCGCUGCCUUGGAAGGAAGUGGGCCAGUUCAAGCUGAUGAUGAAGGCAAAGAAGCGGGCGCGAGCGAGGUCGCCCCCGGCGACGAACAAGAGGCCGCCGAGACGGAGGGCUUCGGGAAGCUUUACCCCAGCGCCCAGACGACCCGGCAGCAGGAAGAGCGCAGCGACGAUGAGCAGGAUCUCGCGUCAGGUGUCGUCUCCAGGAAGGAGCUGGAGAAAGGACGGCUGUCGAGAGACGAGAUAAAAAGGAUGUCUGUAUUUAAAAAUUAUGAACCGGGUGAGCCGACCUGCAGACUGUACGUGAAGAACAUUGCAAAACAGGUGGAGGAGAAGGACCUGAAGUACAUCUACGGGAGAUACAUUAACCUUUCAUCAGAAGCUGAGAGAAACAUGUUUGACAUUGUGUUAAUGAAGGAGGGGCGGAUGAAAGGGCAGGCCUUCGUAGGACUCCCCAGUGAGCGGAGCGCAGAGAAGGCGCUACGGGAGACCAACGGCUACGUUCUCUAUGACAAACCCCUCGUCGUUCAAUUCGCCAGAUCUGCCAGACCAAAACAAGAGAACACAGAUACCAAAAAAGGGUCAAAACAACGAUGAACUCAACAGUUCCCAGCCUCUCGUUGGUUGAGACCCAGGCAACGUGGCCGUUAUCAAUCACACGUGCUCGGCUGGUUCGACCCGCGGCUCAUACGUCAACGCCAGCGCGAGGGAGGAGUCCCCAUCUGUGCCCUACUCUGCCCGCCAUCUCAACGAUGACAAAUGUGCCACCCGCAGUGGAAAUAUUGAGAGUUACCAGGACAUUUAUCAGGUAACAUUUGAGCAAUAUGAAAGAUAACCUUUUGUAAGUGGACACAGAUAAAGAUGUAUGUUCUGCCUUGCCCGCGCACAGGCUCCAUCUCGGUUUAAUACUGCGACUCCCCAGGAGUAAUACCAUGAUAAUACGCUUUAUAUUUUGGGCUCAACCAGGUGUGCAGUCUGUCUGCGGGGUAGAGUCAAAGCCCGGGAUUGCUGGAUACACGCUGCUCGAUGCAAAUGUUACAGGGUGAAGUUUGGAUGCCUUUAAGUCAUAUUCUAGUCAAUCUGUAUGAUCAACCUUUAUGUCUGGCCUUGCACUGGAUAUUCUUUAUACAUACACAGUGCAACGUUUACUCAUAAUCUUUUUAAGACUAAACUAAAAUCACCAGCAAAACUCAAGGCAAACUCAACAUCCCUCAGGCUGCAAGGUAUCUCCAGAUACUUCCAAACACAGUAUCGUUGUCUGAAUUUAUUUGAAAGCUUCUUUGGGAUAUUGUCAAAGUAUUAUUUGCCCUGGUGCCAUGAAACUUUCAGUUUUAACUGAAACUAAACCCUAAUAUCCUUAAUCCUUAAACAUCUUAGUCCACUCUCUGCUCAGUUACUACUAGACGGUUUGUGGUGUUGCUUCAUGUCCUGGGAAAGCACUGGUUUGUCCCAUUGAGGAUUCAGUUACGGCGUUAUUUAAGCCGGUUGCAGUUCAUCAAAAAUGGUGCGUGCCUUUCGUAGUUUGUCAGGGGAGUUGGAACAGAUCACAUAAUCACCUCCUCUAGUCAGCAUGUUGUUCAUCUAGAAUAAAAAAACAAAACAAUUAAAUGUUGUGUUACUAGUUUUGUGUCCACAAACAUUGAAAAUUAUUUGUUGCUGACUGUGAUGAUUGAAUUCUGCUGACUCGGAUCAAAUUAGCGUGUAAUUGCCCUUCUGUUGCAUGUUGGACUCUGAUGUAAAGUGUAUGAAGCUUAUGGAAAAAGAACUACCUAAUUUAUCAUAAGUUAUACUUUCUAACUCUGCUUUAUGUGAACUUCUAUUUCAGAAAUAGUAUGAUAUCGUCUAUUAAAUAUGCUUUUACAUCCACAGACUGAAUAUUUCAAGGUAUCGGCUUAUUGAUGUUUGUGCCAAGAACGCAUAGAAGCAACUGAUUUAAUUUGUGGGAAUUGAGGGGAAAAAAAACACUUUUGCAGGAAAUCUUUUGUGCAGAUGGCCGGGAAGUCAUUUUUUCCGACUUCGAUGUCUCCACGAGGAGAAAAAUAAAAAGAAUUUCUGAUUGAAAACUCCCAGCAGCAACCCCUCCCCCAGGUUUCAACAACACGGAAAGAUAGACUCAACGUGGUGUUUUUUUUUUUUUUUGUAAUGUCCAAGCUGCACUUAUACAAGACUUCUAGUUUGUAGUGUUGCCACAUUCUGGUUUACGUACACAACAAACUCUUAAAAAGACUUGGGGAAAUGAGACCAUCUGAGGAGCCGACCUGGAUCCUACAUGAUGAUCAACAUGCCGUCAAGGGAUUUGUUUCCUGGAAAUAACAGAUUGGGGCUAUGCCAGAGGUAUAUGUGUCAUUUUUUUUCAUUUGUGGGAUGUAUGUUUAAUCAGUCUCCAAGUGUAAAAAUAAUUUGCAGAGCUAUGUUUCUGAGCGCAUGACGUUUCUUUUUUUUUUUGUUGACUUCCUAAGUUGUUGUUCCAACCUGGCGGGUGUUCUCACAGCAGGAUAUUCAAUUUUCCAAUUACUGUGACAUCACGUAUUAACUUCCUCCAUGGCAGAGGGUGGCUGUUUUCCAGUGUAGUAUAAUGCAUUUUAUUUAUAUAUACAAUAAUAUUAAUCCAUUAAUUCUGAAAAACACUGCUAUACACCGAUCAGGCAUAACAUCAUGACCACCUUCCUAAUAUGUUGUAGGUCUCCAAAACAGCUGGGACUCAUCAGGGAACGGACCUGGGCCUCCUGAGGAUGUCUUCUUCUGAGAUACUUGAUCAGUUUGGGAUCUAGUGAACGCUGUGUUGUCACAAGAUGGUGAACGUUAUUUACUUUUCCUGACAGUGGUCAUAAUGUUAUGCCUGCUUGGUGUUAUGUUAAGAGCCGCCAGCAGGGUGGAACCAUUAUGCAGGAUAGUGUUGCUUCUCCUUUCCCAAACGACAUGCUGUGCACAGCCGAGAUGUAAAAAAUAAAAGACCUGCUCUGGCAUUUAAAAUGAGAAAACAAAAAAUAAACAAUGCGACAUUA